UUUAAAACAAGUUUUUUUGACUAAACAUAUUUUUUUUAUUUUUGAACUGUUGUUUCUGGUUCUUGUUGCAAAAUCUCUCAUAGUUUAAAGGUUUUAGGGGUUUCCAUUAAGCUGAAAGUUAUCUGUAGAUCUCCAUUGUCAUAACAGCAUCUCAACGGCGGCAUUUUCUUUUUCAUGCAGAAAUCGUCUAGUAUUUAGGUCAAAUUUUGUGAAAAGACGAUUUCAAAGAUGAAAUCCGGCUAGUUGAGCCAUUUUGAAAAGACACCCGGCCGUUCGGUCAUCCGCGGGCGAUUUUCCAUCGCGUGGCGUCAUCUCUCGAGUUAAACGCCGUUCCCGUCAUUUCCAUAACGACAUCGACCGGUUUGUCAAACGCCGAAGAUCCUGUAGGUCGGAAUGAGUUCGGUCGGAAACUGUGCGAUGAUGACCUCUCCCAGGCGGGACGGCUCGAAGGAGGUAUUGACGGCCGAAGAGGCACUGCACAUGCUGGUGACAGUCGACAGGGAGCCGACCGUCAUCAACAACCAGCUCAUCCAGGAGGCCCUCCUCGAAAGUAAAGGUCUUACCCAUUCGAAACGGCAAAAGGACAGGAACAAAGAAUUAGCGGACGUGGCACUCCUAGGCAAAGAUCCUUCCAGCUUCCAGCAAAUCACCCUCCUAAACCUGGAAUAUUACAAUAUUUUAAAGAUAGACCAUCUAUGGAUGUGCUCAAAUCUCGUGACUUUAUCGCUGUCAAACAACAUUAUCGAGAAGAUCGAACAUUUGGACGAAUUGGUGAAUCUCAUCGAGCUCAACCUCUCGUUCAACAGGAUCUCAAAAAUUAAAAAUCUCAGUAAACUCGUCAAACUCGAAAGGCUCUCAUUGUUCAACAACAGAAUAACAAAGCUGAAGAACUUGAGCGCUCUCAAAAACCUGCAAGUACUUUCUCUCGGACAGAACCAGAUCAAAGAUGCCAAGUUUGUGCUUCAGUAUCUCAGGAUAUUCAAAAAUUUGAGGUGCCUCAACCUCCAAGGAAACCCUUGCGAAAAAGAGAUAAAAAAUUUCCGACUAGCCGUGGCUGGGUUUAUACCCCAAUUGGUCUACUAUAAUUACUUUAUACUCAAGAAAGAAGAAAGGAUCACAGCAAGGCAUAAAUACGAUGCUAUAUUGAAAUCAUUGGAGAAAAAUGAAGAACAACAAGAAGCAAAAAUAGCAGAAGAUAUCAAAAGCGUCGAAAGGGAGAAUUAUCUCAAAAGAGCCUGCAUCGAUAGUUUUGAAAGGUCUAACUUUUACGAAUACCUCAUGGAGAACGACAACGAAGGCAAAACGCUUAUAAAGAUUAGCGACAGGGUUAAAGAAGUUUUCCACAAGUUUAAAGAAGCUUUGAACAAUAUAAGCAAGCGUCUAUUCACAGUUGGUGAGAAACAGUACACUAUCAGGAUUGAAGAAUUGACAAAAUAUGGCAAUUAUUAUAAAGAUAGCAUGGUCGAUAGUUUAGCUGAAAGUCGAGCGCUUGUACGAGAUUUUAUCAACAUGAAAGUGAAAUGCAUCAGUCAAAUAAAGGAGCUUUACAACAACGGAAACGGGGAGGAGGCGUUCGUAAGGAACAGCAUGAAAAAAAUCUUACUGAUCGACAAAGACUACACCUUUCUAUGCAGGAAGACCUGGUGGCUUCUCAUGGAAAAAGAGAUGCGUAGAAACGAGAGAAACGAGGGAUCGAUGGCCAUAUUUGACACCAACAUAACCGAAAUGGUUCACAGAUUCAUUGAUUUUGUACAAGAAGAGUUUACGCGGAUGAGAGACACCGAGACAGAAUUCUGCGAUGGGAUUUCCGACCAGAUUAACCGGUACAUCGCCGAAUUCCAGUCAAAAGGCGAGAGCCCUGUUUCUCUACCGUUUUAUCUAAGAAGUAUACUUUUGAAUAAAGAAACUUUGAACAACUACAUUUCUACUUCGCAUGAUAAUCACUUAAUACUGAUAGACAACAAAGAAGAAGAGAUUCUAGACAAGCUUAAGUCAUGGUUGAAAAUUCUUUUGAACGAUUUGAAUCAGUGUGAAAUAAACAGAAAUAGAAGCGCUGUUCUUGAAAUACAGUUUUUCAUGGACCACCAUAUGCUGGACUGGUCUAAACAGACCAAGUCUUACAUCAAGGAUGCAGUUACAUACAUGACCAAGGUAGAACCGAAAUGGACCAACGAGCUAAUGAGGCUCAAGAUGAGCAAGAAAGAACGCAACCUCGACGACAAGAUGAAGAUGCUGCUCAACCAGCGCAACGAGUUUGACAGGAAAGAAAGAAUCCGCCGAGACAAAAUACGCAGGAAGAAGAAGCAGUCCAAAGAGGAACAGGCGGAGAAAGAGAGCAAACAUAUGAUCGAUGAAGUCGAAUCUUUCGACGUAGACAAUGAACUGUUCAUAUUUAACGAGCGCAAAGAGGCCCUGUGCAACUACAGGCAGCAGUACGAAGAAAUGGAUAGGAUUAUUAACAAUCUAACGAACUUGGACUUUGAAAAGGAAAUCUUCCCUGAGAGCAUGGAAGAAGAGAAACCAGAGGCAGUCGGAGAGAAGAGGAGAGAACGCGACGACGAAGAGUGUUGGUCUGAAGGUUCUGCAGUCCUCGUUGAAGAUGAGCUCGACAUUGCAGCUUUCCAGGUCGAAGUGACCAGAAACGUGUCCAGGUUCAUCAACAACAUACGCAUAUGCGCUGAUCACAUGGCCGACACGAUCUGGGAGAUGUGGAGCUCGCCGGGUCACGGGCCAUCCGAGGAUUCUGAAGAGUCUUACAUUGAAAGCGAUUAAUCUUGUCAAACUUUU